AAGAUAUGGCGCGACGUAAGAAAUGAAGUGAAAUGAAAUUUGAAGAUGAUUUAAUUUCAUUUCACUUUUUGCCCGUCGUAUUUUUAAUUAGAUUAUAACGUAUCCGUACAGAAUCGACAAUUAAAAAUAUACCCAACCUUAAGCUAAAGGAUGGGACUCAGUCUAUUGACACUUUCACCGUGUGUAAUGCUGACAAUUCUACUUAAGGCAUCUUGUGAAUUUAUUUCUUUAUGCAUUCAGAUAUCUUCAUCAGACACAAAAAUUGAAGGAAUAAGAGAUGGAUUACUUACACAGUACAUUGGCUUAAAGGAGGAUCAAAUAUUUGGUUCUUGGCGAUCGAGUAUAGGAAUAACCUGGGGAUAUUUUAUAAUAUCAUCAGUCACGCAUUUUCUUUGUAAAAUCUUCUUGACAAAACUGGAAAAAAUGGAAACUAUUUUAGGUUGCAAUUUCAUAGGAGUUUUGCUAACGUUUACCACAAUCGGAUACCGUUUGUCAUCCUGCUUGGUAUCUGUUAUUUUAAUGAUGAUAUUUAUUGGUAGACGUGCAUCAUCUUAACAGCUAUGGAUGGUUACUUGUUACAUUGUUACUUCUUGGCUCUCAUUAUUACAUGGUCAUGCUCGUAUUAGUUUACAUGUCUAAAUAAUUUAUGAUUACUAUGCAUUGAUAAUUAUGAUUGUAUUCCUAGAUGAUUUCUGGAUUAACAACUUCUAUACAACUAUCCGUGGCCCGUAACGUGAUGAAUGGAUGUAUUCUCAGAUGCAUUAGUUUAAACGUUGACUUAAAUAACGAACGCCGACGAUUCUGCUUUUUGGAAUGUAUGAAUUACUUAUUUUACUUUCCCUUAUUAUUGUCGGGUCCUUUCGUUUCAUUUUGCACUUUCACGAGCCAGGUUAGAAUUCCUUAUAUCAAUUACACUGGUAUAAAUGAAAUGCUUCCCCUAUUUAUUAUACAGAUGUAUGAAAAUCGCAACAGAAAUACGCACACCUGUAUUGAACUUGCAACUUGCGUGCUGGUUUCCCUUGUCUUGCUUUUGAUACCGUAUUGCGCGUAUGCGGACAUAUACACUUACGCCCCGACCAAUUUGUACUUCUUGACCAUAUGGCAACUAGGUGGAUUCGUUGUAUUGAGAAGUCAAACAUUUAUUCUCCUCCAGGCGAUAAUACUACAUCUUCCUACUAUUAGAGCCAGCGGAGACGGGCUCAUUUUGUAUCCGGUGACUUGCAAAAUACCUUACUUGUCUCUGGCACCUUCUCAUGCGUCUAAAAUAGUUGAUCCAGGCUUUCAUCUGUUUUUGAGGAAGACAACUGGGUGUGAUUUACUGGAUUCUUUUUGGUAUCCCGUUUUAAGAGGAGUUUUACCAAGUAAAACUGGAAUUGAUUUUGUGGGAAAAGAAAUUCUCUCCAUUAGUUGCGCGUCCAAAUCGACAAGAAAGCCUUUUGAUGUCUUACCAGAAGGGCUGGCAGUGGUCACUGAAACUGAGCCAGUUUGGGAAUUAGAAGCAUCCAUAACGUUAACACAAAUAUCUGACAUAUUUUCGCAUAAAAAUAAGGACAUUGAAACAUUGUUACUGAACUACCUACCUUGGUCAUGGAUUCAGGACUUGAUUCCUACCGCGAGAAGCCCUUCAGACAUUACUGUUGGGAUUUAUUCAUCAGAACGUGCCAAGGUGAAAAUUGAAACUAAUGUCCCCUUGCUGAGAGAAGUAGAUCUGGCAUUGUCGUCAAUACAAGAAUGUUACGCAAAGAAUCCUACAGUGUAUAAUAACAUUGCGGAUAUGAUAGGAACAGACGGGAUUCGGUCAAGUGAUAUGCAUCAGUUGCGAUUUACUAAAAUUGAUUAGUCCAAUGGUAGAGAUUUAAUAAAAACUUUAAUCCAAUAGGUACACCUUUAAUUUUUCGAUUGUGUAUUAGUUCAACAACUUCAUAAAUUCGUGCAAUAAUAUACAUCUUGUAAACCACAUGUAAAACUCA